AAGAAGAAACAAAAAUAACAAAAGAAAAAAAAAAGUUGGAAUCCGCAUAAACUGGUGCUUUACAAGCGAAAUGACAAAUAAUUUGUUAUUUUUAUUUUAUUUAGCAAAUUACCUUUAAAAUCUCCCCUCUAAAAAAAAAAAAAAAAAAAAAAAAAAAAAUUUUAAAAAAAAGAAGAAAAAAAAUAAUUCGUUUACUCUUCUUGCUGUGCGUUAUUCAUCAUGUCAUCGUUGUCGGGGCUAUAAAUACGUUCUUCUUUUUGUUUUUAUUUUUAUUUUUUCUUAUUAUUUCCUCAUCUUUCGUAUUACAUUUCUUUAUGAAUUAUUGUUGUUGUCAAUGAGAUCGCACACAAAAUCUGCUACAAUAUUGUAAAACGUUUGUAUGUAUUAAUGAAUGUAAAUGCGUCUAAACAAGACAUACUGGCGCGCCAUAAGGCGUUACAUUCUGGUCUUUACCGCUAUUGCCUUCUUACCUUUGGCUCUAAUAUAUUUGGUGCGCAAUGAACAAAUGUACAAAUUGAAAGGUUAUGAGGCGAUAAAAGUGAAGGAACAUUUUGCCGAACAAACUUUUCGUUAUCCGGUUAUGUUGCUCGGCAAAAAUAAGGAUCUAACAAUAGCGGCCACAGGGAAUUCUAAGAAAAAACAUUCCAAAUAUGAUAAAUAUAUAAAUGAGACCCAUAUACCGCUUAUACCCGAUGAAGCAAUACAAUCAUUGUCGGAGAGCGAUAUGCUUAAAGUGGAAAAACGUAUGGAAAGAAGGCGGAAAGUGCUGCUCGAUAAAUGCUCGGAAUUAGGUUUAGAUGUGGUGGGUACUGAUCCUUGGCAUAAGCCGAAUCCUUGGGAGUUUCUAGUUAAUAAGAAAUAUCAUAUUAUAUGGUGUAAUGUUUUCAAAGCUGCCUCAUCAUCAUGGAUGUUUAAUUUUAAUAUUUUAGCUGGUUACUCGCCGGAAUUUUUGCACAAAACCAAAGAAAUUUUCCUGCAUUUAGCCCGUGUACGUUACCCUCGUGUUACUUUGGACGAGCUGAAACAGGCACAAAAUGAUUCAAUCACUUUUAUAAUAGCACGUCAUCCUUUUGAGAGGCUAUUGAGUGCUUAUCGUGAUAAAUUCAUGUUUGCUGUGCCUCAUUCAUUUCACGAUAAGCUAGGACGUAAGAUAAUACGUACUUAUAGAAGAAAGGGAUUUGAUAAUCAUGCCCCAAAGCAUCCCACAUUUCCCGAAUUCAUACGUUGGCUUUUGGAUCAAGUGAAACAAGGCAAUUAUUUAGAUAUGCAUUUUGUGGCUUCAACUAGAUUUUGUACACCGUGUCUAAUAAAUUUCGAUAUAAUUAUGAAAUUCGAAACUCUCGAAGAGGAUCAAUUAUAUUUAAUCGAAAAGACUGGUCUUAAACGAGUCAUAGCGCCCGAAUGGCGUAAUAUGGGAAAGGGUAAAAAUACAUUGGAAUUAUUGCUGCAAUUCUUUUCGCAAUUAACCAGACGUGAACUGGAUGGUUUAUAUGAUUAUUAUAGAUAUGAUUUUGAGCUGUUCGAUUACAGUGUCGCUUCAUAUUAUAAUAUAGCAAAACCGAAUGAGAUAAAGAUUCCCGAAGCAGCGGCCGUAGCAUUGGGUAAAGUGAGCACUUCAGCGAAAGUAAAAGCCUAAGAAUAAAAGAAGCUUGUUGCAUAUCCAACAACAAUAACAACACCGACACUGACAACGAAUAUUGUAGAACUGCUUUAGUUUAGAGUAAAUAGAUACAAUAAGUUAUUAGCAUGAUCGUAGGAGAAACACAACAUAAAACACGAACUAAACAAACAAGAAAAAAA